GUCUGAGAAAAUCCAAAGAUAAUAAAAUAUGUCCGAAACAAAUCAAGAAAUUCCAAGAAAAUCUAUUUAAAAAAACCAUGCCAAUUUAACCCGCCACACUUUCCACUGCAUUCCUCCUAACUUCCUGACCUACACCUGUACCUGUGACCCUUGAGCAUGCAGUUCAGCCGGGAGAUCCUACAGGCAUUGGCGGGCGCGGUCACCGCGCUCACCGCCUGCCUGCUGAUCCUGCGCCAGCGACGCGGAUACGUGCUGUUCGCCGCGGUGCCGUACAAGCUAGCGGCAGUGGAGAGCUCCCCGCAGUCCCCACAGCCGGCCGCCCACCAGCUUCGCCCCAACUUGCCGAAGACCAGCAAGAUGCAGCUGUCACGCUCCGAGCAACCCAAAUUCAAGAAGGAUCCCGAACUUGAACUCGACGACAACACCAUCUUUCCUUACCCUUGUAUUGACGAAAAUUGAUAAUACAUUAAAAUAAAAGAGUAAAA